AUGAGAGACAGGGCGAAAACAAUCAAUACACCGAACCAACCACCACAACAACGCAGUAAAGAAACGGGUACUCCGACCACACGUGAUGUAGGGGUCGGGACCUGGACCAUGGAACAAGGCACACAAACUGAUGAGGUCCCCCAGAUGGUGGACAAUCAACAACAAACGGACAUAGCUGAACAAAUCCCGGUACAAGGGAAGGUGAGGGAUGCGCACACAUCUCCAAGAAGAACCCCUACACUGAACUCUAACCAUGAGGGAAACGAAGAAACAUCAGCUACAACCAUAACCCUAACUAAAGAGAAAACCCCAACCCACACCAGGACCCUUAGCACCAGGACGCUGGGAGAAAUUCCAUGUGAUAACGUCGACAAGUGCGUAACGGAAGGGGAUUCUGAUGACGAGGAGAAGGAGUUAGAUUCAUCUAAACAAGCCACACUAUACAGUUACUUCCAACCGACACAGGAGUUUAUACGAGACUUGAAUGAGAAUGAAUUAUUGCCGGAAGGAGAAACCUCAAACUACAUACCCCCAACCACUAGAGGGGCGUCGAGGAAACCAAUUCCAACCAGCUCCCUUGGCCGCAAAACCAAAGAAGGCAAUAAUACUAUAAUAUUCAGCUGCCUUAAAGGAGUAGAAGAACUCAAAAAGAGGAUCAAUUUUUCCCUAGACAAUGAUACAAAAAUUGUUGACGGAUACCUGGUACACAAGAACAUAAUUAUAAACCCGUCCCCCAAAGAACAGAACAGGCAAAUGUCAGUAGAGAUUGUGAAACACAUCCUUCCAUACCUUCCAUUCCAUACUUUUGUUAUUUACAUUUCUCAAUAG